CGCUGCGCAGAACCUGUCAGUCCAUCGCCAAUUCCGCGCAUCGCCAAGCCAUGUGCCCUCGACGGCCUGCAUGCGUUCCUCUUGGCUACCCCAUCUUUUCCAGAGCAGCUCAACGGUCACCUGGAGGACGCCAAUAUGAUGCUCGAAGGAGUGACGCUGUGUGGUGACGAGAUCCCUACCGUUCUUGCCCCGGUGCCCUUUGACCUCGAUGUGAUGGACGGCUUCGACAUCCUGUUUCCACAGCCCGUCCCCACCGUCAUGGAAGUCGAUGUCUGCCCUGUCGCCGAGGCCAUUCCGCAGCCGUCUCCUUACAGAACUAUGGAUACCAAGAACACGGUAUUGGAAGGGCCUCUGCGUGCCGCGAUUGACUGUUGGAACGACAUCUUUGACGGACGUGAUGGAGGGAUGUCUCCUUGUCGGGAAUGUGUGGACGUGAAGGCGAUCACAAGCGCACUGGAGGCGCUAGUAAUCUCUGAGGCAGUGAUGGAUGUUGACGAGGUGCUGAAAGAUGAUCCUGUCGACGUGGACAUGGACGUGCCUCUGGGAGCGAUGCUGACUGUCGACAUUCUCGUAGCGCCAAUCGUCGACGUCGCCAUGGAUGCUCCUGCUGUUCUCCACGACGUGAUGGUUGGCCCUCGUACUCCUGUCCUUCCGGGUUGUGGUCCGCAAGCGCACGCAGGUCAGAUCCAAGUUGUGCCUCCGUUACCUCCAUGGUGUCUUCCCCCUUUUCUGCCGCCAUGCGAUCCGCCUGCUGGAAGUAGUCUGGCAUCGUCGCAACCACCGACGCCGCCUCCGCCUCCAUGGCAAGCAGUGACUGAAGAGCCAGAAGAGCCAGACUGGAAAGAACUGUUUGGCGAUGAUGCUGGCGAGGACCGAUCGUCUGAAGCUAAUGUACCGGAGAAGCCCGCUGCUGCUGCUGACGAUGACGAUCUGGAGUCGCUCUUCGGGCCUGACCCUGACGACUAG